GAGAGAGAGAGAGGAGAGAGAGAGAGAGAGAGAAUUUGGAUGGAGGGCGCGUGUGUUUUCACAUUCGCUCGCUUGGGGAUGUCAAUAGGCACGUAUGCGGUUACAGCACUGUGCACUGCCGUGCAUACAUCGUAAUCGCGUACGGUUAUCCGUAAUGAGACUCUCAUGUUGUGUCAGGCAGAAGGAAACGUAGCGUUUAAGCGAUAGAAAGAAAAAAAAGGAAGAGAGAAAGAGGAACGUCGAUUGAACUCCGUAAUUUGCUUUCCAUCCCUCGUUACAACCGAAACGGAGAUAUCACUGUGAAAUGUAGCGACAAUGACAACACCUAUGUGUGAGGAUGGUGGGCCCUUGAGAGAAUGGGCACCGCUUGCUGUCCUCUUGCAACAGAUACCUGCCAAGAUACAAAACGGUAUUUUCACACAAGACAUUAGUUUCACUUGCAUCGAUGCCCUGACCGAGUUUAUCGCCAUUGGAACUAAUCAUGGACUUGUUUACUGGUACAACAGAGAGAAACAGGAUUUGCAGAGACUACGUUGCGAGAAUAUAAAUUCCAAAAUCACAAGUAUACAAGUAAUCUCAACAGUUGAUUUUAUGGUUGCAGCAGGCAAUGAACAUGGUGUUGUUACAGUUUUUCAAAUUCCCAAGAAUCCACCAGACUCAUUGCCGAACAGUUUGAAGCCAAAACAGAAGAAACAGGUGGAAAGAUAUAGUAUAAGUGGUUUGCAUAAUACUGCAGUGACAGCGGUAGAAUGGUCUAAGAAUGGUAUGAAAUUAUUUAGUGGGGAUAAAGAUGGUUUAGUAGUUUUAACAGAGAUUGAUUUUUAUAUGCAUUUAUCUAAAUCGUCCAAAUUAUUAAAUGAGAAAUAUUCUGUGGUACAAUUGAGCUAUCAACAAGGUUUACUGCUAGUCUCGACAACAUUACGUACAAUUUUAGUAAAUAGAAAUGAAAAUGGAAAGGUGACACAAGUUGGCCAAAAGGAACGUAAAACAUUAGGUAAGCUAGGAGCGGUAUUUGGUUCUCGACAGAAUUAUGUGCAAGAUCCGGUAAUCUAUGCAAGUAGACCAGGUUUACGUUUAUGGCAAGCUGAUAAGAUUGGAACUGUACUGAAAACGCUCAUAUUUAAGGAUGCCGUUAGAUCGAGUCAUACAGAAGUGGCAUUACUGAAUCCCGCACCUGAAGGAUCAAGAAGAAAUCGCGGCGAGCCUUCGUUCGGCAUCGUAUUACCGUUUUGUGAUGAUUUAUUAGUAACGUACUGUGAUGAUGUAGUCUAUGUAGUAAAUCCAAAUACUAUCGCAAUAACAUCGAUCGUGAAUGAUUUACGGCGCGUUACUGAUGUAGCUUGCACGAAAGACGAGAUAUUUAUAUUGGAAGGAGAAAGAAAUAUUUUGCGAAUUGCCUAUUAUCCUGAGAAUAAUAUUUUUACAGAAGAAACGAGAAGGACAUUGGAUCCUUUAUUAUCAUUCGCUGAAUAUAGUAAGCCUGUUGCUAAUGGUAUAUUAGAACUAACUUCAAAAUUGAAAGAAAGUAAUAUAGUGCCAGCUAUUCCCUUUCCCAAAAUCAACCCAACCAACAUUAUUCAAUCUGUAAGUAUUGUACCAACUAUUACUGGUACUACCAAUGAACUGGACACCAAUGCGAUUGCAAAUGCAGAGGAAGCUGUGGAAGUGCCACCGAUAGUUCCAAUAGAGUUAAAUACUCCACUUGUAACGGAUAUUAAUAAAAUACUGGAAUAUAACGAUACUAGCAGAAUAAGAAACGCGGAAGACAUAAAGAGCAAUGAUCGUCGCGAGAUAUUUCAAAAAAUCGGUCAACAGGAAUUCGAGGAUGUCGUUUUCACACCUGAAAGGAAGCAAAAAAGGUCUCGAAAUAAAAUAAUGAACGGAAGCGGAAGUAUCGUAAUGCCAGAUAGCAACAGUGAUCACCUAUCGACCAGCCUAAUGGCUGAUCAUAUGAACGCUAAUAAGACAACGACAACUCAUUCCUCUUUGAUGCAAUUGAGCUUCGAUGAUGAUUUUAUAUUAAAAUCAGAUCGAGAUUUAGAAAUGAUUCAACGAGAUGUAGAGAAUAAAGAAAAAUUGUUAGCGGAUGUUCUGGAUUUUGACUUGUCCAAAUAUAUGACGAGUAAUCGAAUAGAUAAAGAUAACUCGAUAUCUAAUCGUAUCGACACUAUAACAUGUAUAAAUUGUAAUGUACAUUCCAAUAAUGCGACAAACGGAGAACUAUCUACAAACGAGGAAAAUGAAAAUAUUGAACAGAGUGAUCACACAGGAACUGAAUCGGGGGAGGAAGAUGUCAGUUAUCGUACUGAAUUAAAGCGAUUAGAAGAUCUUGGAGAAUGCAGAAAGAAUCUUUUACAAAAUAAUCUGGAUGACACGCCACCAGCUGGUAAUAAUUUCAUCGAUAUUCGACAAAUGCCGCCCAUGAAUCGAGAUGAAUUAGAACAUCAAUUUAACGUCUUGGCAAAGGAAUGUGCUACAUCUGCUAUUCUUGAGGAAGAAGAAGAUUGGGUCUUAGUUAAGGAUGAUAUACCAUCGAUUGCUAUGUUUUAAGCAAACGUUGUACGUAAAAGCCACAUUUUGUACAUAUGUUAAUAUAUUAUUAAAAAAUAAUUAGAUAAUUGCAUAUGAAAACAAGAGUUACUUUGAAGUAACUCUUUCUCUAUUUUUUCUUGUACAGAAGAUACACACAUUUUGUUAAUCGUGAAAGAGAUAAAUUUUUAUUCUGUCGGCGUUUAGUAAACGAGACAAUAUAUAAAUUAUUGACUGAAAUAGAAAAAACGUUGUUCGAAAUAUUCUGUUUUGCAUAUUACGAAUGUAAUGUCAAGCAUAUUGAAUUAUAAAAUAAUAUGCAUCUAAGUUCUGAGACAUGCAAUUAGAAAACAAUUAUAUUUUGCGGAAAUUGGAAAUAAUGCUAGUCACUGUUUCAGUUUUAACAUAAUUAUUGUUUGUGUGCUUAAAGAAUGUAACCUUUUACGAAUCAAAUGUUUAGUAAAAUUAAUCAAA